GUAUCCCCGGGGACUUAAAAACAGGGCCCUCAGGGCAGUCAGCCCACACCUUCCUUCCCAACUGCAGCAACAUGGCCUUUCUCUGGCUUCUCUCCUGCUUCGCCCUUGUGGGGGCUGCCUUCGGUCAGUGUGGGGUCCCCGCCAUCGAACCCGUGCUGAAUGGCCUGUCCAGGAUCGUCAAUGGCGAGGACGCUGUCCCGGGCUCCUGGCCCUGGCAGGUGUCCCUGCAGGAUAAAACCGGCUUCCACUUCUGCGGGGGCUCCCUCAUCAGCGAGAACUGGGUGGUCACUGCUGCCCACUGUGGUGUCAGGACAUCCCACGUGGUCGUGGCUGGGGAGUUUGACCAGCACGCAAAUGAGGAGAACAUCCAGGUCCUGAAGAUCGCCAAGGUUUUCAAGAACCCCAAGUUCAACAUGCUGACCGUCCGAAACGACAUCACCCUGCUGAAGCUGGCCACGCCUGCCCGCUUCUCCGAGACCGUGUCCCCUGUGUGCCUUCCCGCGGCUACGGAUGAGUUCCCCCCUGGUUUGCUGUGCGCUACCACGGGCUGGGGGAAGACCAAGCACAAUGCCAACAAGACCCCCGACAAGCUGCAGCAGGCGGCCCUGCCCCUCCUGUCCAACGCCGACUGCAAGAAGUUCUGGGGCAGCAAGAUCACGGACGUGAUGAUCUGCGCCGGGGCCAGCGGCGUCUCGUCCUGCAUGGGCGACUCUGGCGGCCCCCUGGUCUGCCAGAAGGACGGAGCCUGGACCCUGGUGGGCAUCGUGUCCUGGGGCAGCGGCACGUGCUCCACCUCCGUCCCCGCCGUGUACGCCCGCGUCACCAAGCUCAUUCCUUGGGUUCAGGAAAUUCUUGCCGCCAACUGAGCCUCUUUCUCCCACCGUCCCAACCCCGAGUGUUUCCAAUAAAAGCAUGUGACAGGA